GGGAAGUGAAACAAAUGGGUUUUGACACAGGUACUUCCUGUCUUGUACGUCGGACAGUAAACAAAACGGUCAGAUAAACUCUGAAUAAUUAAUCAGUUAAGAAAACAUUUUAACUGUCCAACAUGUCUGGACAAAACCUCCUAAAUGUCAAACAGCCGCCGAUUCAGUCUACGGCAGGAGCUGUACCUGUGCGAAAUGACAAAGGUGAGCUUUCUAUGGAAAAGGUGAAGGUGAAGCGAUAUGUGUCAGGAAAGCGGCCAGAUUACGCACCGAUGGAGUCUUCCGAUGAAGAAGAGGAAGAUUUCCAGUUUGUUAAGAAAGGCAAGGAGGCCGAACCGGAGAUGGAAAUGGAAGAAGAGGAUGUAUCGGACCCUCGCCUUCGCCGUCUCAUGAACCGCGUGUCAGAAGAUGUUGAAGAAAGACUCGCACGACACAGACAAAUUGCUGAACCAGAGCUGAUUGCUGAGAGCAGUGAGGAUUCAGAUGAGGGAGCCUGGCACCCAGAGCGAGAGGAGAGCAGCGAAGAGGAGGAAGAAGAGGAGGAAGUGGAUGAUGAGGAAAUCGAGAGGCGGCGAGCGAUGAUGAGGCAGCGAGCCCAGGAGAGGAAGAACGAAGAGAUGGAGGUCAUGGAGGUGGAGGAAGAAGGGAAGUCUGGCGAAGACUCGGAGUCUGAGUCGGAGUAUGAGGAGUACACGGACAGCGAGGAUGAAGCUGAACCGCGGGUAAAACCUGUCUUCGUCCGCAAGAGGGAGAGAGUGACUGUGAUUAAACGUGAGGCUGAAGAACAGAAGCAGAAGGAGCUGGAAAUCGAGGCCAAGAAGCAGGCAGAGGAAAGGCGUCGCUACACCCUGAAGAUCGUCGAGGAGGAAGCCAAGAAGGAGUUUGAAGAGAACAAACGCAGUCUUGCUGCUCUGGAUGCCCUGGACACAGACGGAGAAAAUGAAGAAGAGGAGUACGAGGCCUGGAAGGUCAGAGAGCUCAAACGAAUCAAGAGGGACAGAGAGGCUCGAGAACUAAUCGAGAAGGAAAAAGCCGAGAUCGAGCGAUUCCACAAUCUCACAGAGGAGGAGCGUAGAGCUGAACUCCGCGUCAACGGGAAAGUCGUCACCAACAAAGCAACCAAGGGCAAAUACAAGUUCCUGCAGAAGUACUACCACAGAGGAGCUUUCUUCAUGGAUGAAGAGCAAGAAGUGUUCAAGAGAGAUUUCAGCGCACCAACACUGGAGGAUCAUUUCAACAAAACAAUUCUGCCUAAAGUUAUGCAGGUCAAGAACUUUGGUCGUUCAGGACGCACCAAGUACACACAUCUGGUGGAUCAGGACACCACCUCAUUUGAUUCGGCUUGGGCUCAGGAGAGCGCCCAGAACAGCAAAUUCUUCAAACAGAAGGCAGGGGGUGUGAGAGACGUGUUUGACCGGCCAUCAGUGCAGAAGAGGAAGACAUGAGUUAGGUUCUGGAUGAAUACAAGUUCAGAUGCACCUGAAAUAAUGUCUGUUUUGCACCACACCCCUUUGUGUUUUAUGUAACAAUGAAAAUGAAAAGUUCUAGUGUGGCAACAAAUCAUAGUUUAUUGCAUUUUAAUUUUGUACAUUUGAUGGAUUCCUUUACAGAAUUUUUGUUCUACUCAGACCUUUGUAAAAAUCUUGGUUUUCAGUGUGAAUAAAUUACUAUAACAGGAACAUUUGGUUCUAAAACAUACCUUGGUCUUUCACCCACUGAGUAUUUUGUACAAAAAAAAAAAAAAAUUUACUAAAAAUUAAGGAAGUCUUUACAAAAGCCGAGAAGUGAACCUGGCUGAACUGGAUUAGUAACGGGUAAGAUGUUUGAUUACAGAUGAGAUUUCAGCGUGAAGCAGAGUCACUCCGCUGCCCAUGCUACCGUCACAGCUGGGUCUUAACAGUUCAGUUGGUCAGUGCAAUCAAAGCCUCUACAACAUUCCCCAUGUGUUCCCUCAAGCUGCGCUCGGCCAUGCCACGUGGAAUCUCCAUCUCCGCCAUCUGUGGAACAAAAACAGGAUCGGGUUUCAGCAGGUUCUGAUCAUACAGCAGCUUUCUGUACAUAUACAUUCAUUAUACUUACAAUGAGCUCGACAUCCUCCUUCUUAAUCGUAACUUUGGCCAAUUCUUUUUCUCUGUAGAGAACAUGCAAAUAAUGCAUUGUCAUGUCUAUAUAAUAUUAAAAAUAAAUAAAAUAGCAUGCAACUCUC